AUGGCGGAGAGGAAGCGCUGGGACAAGCAGCAGCAGCAGCAGCAGCAGGACUUGCAUCCGUCCCGAGGCGACAGCAGCUCCGCCGCCGAGGCGAAGGCGGACCCCGUGCUCACGCGGCAGCUGCAGUACAUCAAGGUGCUGGAGGAGCGCAACCGCGUCAAGAAGCGCCUGGCCGCCGCCUCGAAGCGCAACGACCGGCUGCAGGAGCGCGAGGAGGCCUUCGUCACGGCCUUCAACGUGCCCGCGAGAGCCGCGGGCGCAGCUCAAAUCCCUUCGACGUCCUCACGCAGCACGAGAUCCACCACGUCGGUGCUGCCCACCAAGUUCUCGUCCAAGCGGGAGGAGGCCAAACCCCUCUCCAAGUGCAGGUCGGCGCCGUCCACGACGCUGAACUUUGGCUCGGCGGCGGACGAGGAGAAGGGGCCGGUGCGACGAGCGAAGUGGAGCCGCCCUCAAGCUCCGAUGGGCGUCGCGGUGGAGCAUCAGGACGGAGUGCCGCUGUUCCGGCUGACGACACAGAAGGAGGUCGAGGAGAAAGAUGGAGAAGAGGAGGAGGAGGAUGAAGAGGAGAGCUACUUGGAGGAUCCUGUGGACCUAUCGAAGACGACGAAGGAGCUGGUGAGGAUCAUCCAACAUCUUUCUCGAACGAAGCAGCGAGCGUUGGUUGAUGUGCUCCACAAGUUCCAGGCGAGUGAGCAAGAUGCGGACGAUGUGAAGGUGCUGCAGAGUUCGAUUGGCGAUCCUGCUAUCUGGAAGGAGAUCACGUCGACGUUGAAUCCGUCCACGUCUGCACCUACAGACGCAAAGACAACGGCAGUAGAACAGUCAGUCGACGAGGUUCCGACUAAUUUGCUGGAAGAGCAGCUCCGAUGGGAGGACGAGUACGCCAACGAGAUGAAAGAGCGCCUUGAACGGGAGCGAGAGGAGAAGCAGCGAAUUCUGAAGGAGGCCGAGGAGCGGCGAGCCAAGAUGAUGAAGCAGCUAGAGGACGAAGAGCGGGAGAUUGAACGACUGAUGGAGGUCAAGCGGCAGGAGCGCCUCGCCAAGCUGCGAGCGCUCCAGGAAGAGGCCGCGCUCAGUGAUCAUGGACCGAUUCACGUGAAGUUGUUGUCGACGUGGAGUAAAACGCGCGUUGUGGGGCUCACUCAGAUCUGCGUGUAUGAUCUGAACGGCGAAGAGCUACCGGUUGAUGUGGAAUCCGUACAACUUUUCGAUCAGCCUACUGGGAAAUCGCUACCCAGAACGAACGAUAUGGUGCGCGGCUUGCAGAAACUUUUCAAUGGAGUGGCUCAGACGAAUGCUGAGAAGGACAUGUGGCUGGGGCGUUUGGGGGACUCAGGCGUGCUUCUUGUUAGAUUCGAAGUAUCGUCAGCUCCAAGCAAACUCUGCAUCUGGAACCACAACAGCAGAACCCAUACUGCGUGCACACGCGACAUCGAAGUUUUGGUCAGUGGCAAAUGCGUGUGGACGGGCUCGUUGCCUGAAACCUUUGGAGACCCAGACGACAGCACGUGCACGUGGAUUGAUUUACUUGGUACCGCUCGGAAGACGUCGCGUACUGCUCCGGUGACGAGCCGGUCUACAAGCAAUCUUGAUACGUGGAUGGCAGACGAGAAGCCUUCCUCCGGCAACGUGACUAGCCGACGGAGGCAAGGGAAACCGCUGCAUUCAAGCCUCGGCAGUGAUACGAAACCCCGAUACGAACAAAACGGGGUGGCACCUUCACUGGCUUCCCUCUCGUCCUGGGACAGCCUCGAGAAGUUCAGCAAGACGAACCGAACGGAUAUUCCUGUGCUCCCGAGUGGCAAGUGGCUGCAGAUUGAGAUUCUGAGUACGUGGGGUGAUCCCUACUACUUGGUGAAAUUCCACGAUCCCGUACGGCAGGUGACUGCCUGUCCUGAGAGCAUUAACGUGCUGGAAGAGAACAGUGACGACCCACGCGUCCCCAAGAAUCUCGUGGAUGGGGUCAACUUUACAUGCGACGACUUCCACAUGUGGCUGGCACCUUUCACACCAGGCCAGGCGCACUACGCCCUCCUGGAGAUGAACGCCUCAGUCUCAAUAUCGAUGGUACGGAUCUGGAACUACAACAAGUCGCGCACGCACACGUGCCGCGGAGUGCGCGAGAUACGGCAAGCUCCUGGCUUGGUAGGAGCUGACAGUAUGGAGAUCUCCAACGAGGUGAUACUUUUCACUCAGGAAACAGCAAUUCUGGAGGCUAUUGAGGCGAAUGAUGAGGCUUUACGGACUCUGGCUGGAGAGCAACAGCGGGAAGAUGAAGAGACUCGAGAGAUUGUGGCGUCCGUGCAUCGAUCGAUGGAGCUGCAACGCCCUCAUACGUCCGAUGCUGGCUCUCGCACAGUCGAACAGAACCAGGAAAGCGACAGGGAUGACAAUACGACGUUGAGGACUUCGAUUGAUUCCUGGGUGAUCAGUGAGGAACCUCAACAGCGAUCACCAGAUGCAAUGAAAACAAGUGAAGGCGUUGGAGGUGGAAGUAGCAGUGGUGAGGUGGGUUUGGACGAAAACCUGCCGCGUGGUAGGCGCCUCACGCUGCAGCUUCACAGUACAUGGGGCGAUAGGAAUUACAUCGGGCUAACGCAACUGGGAUACGUUGGCGAUCCACGCACAAUUGACAAGCUACUAACUUGCGAUGACACGCACAUGUGGCUCGUCCCGCUGGAAUCUGGAGCUGCCCCCGAAGUGCGGAUCGAGCUCAAGACGGCUCAGUACUUCUACGGUCUGCGCAUCUGGAACUACAGCAAGUCUCCAGAGGAUACCUACCGCGGUGUCAAGCAGCUUGUCGUGGCGUUAGAUGGCGUUGUGAUUUCCCCUAGGGAGACCGGCUUCUUGCUGCGUAAAGCGCCAGGCGUCGCGGACUUUGACUUUGGACAACUUGUGAGAUUUUCAGAAGACACGGGGACCGAGGAUAAACUUCCGACCUACUCGGAGCGCGUCCAUUAUCCAUUCAACGCUCGAGCGUACAAGACGCCAAUCGUUCGGCAAGACUACGAAGCGCCUCUGUAUCCUCAAGGCUUCUUUCUCAAGAUCAUUUGCUGGACGACAUGGGGAGAUCCGUACUACCUCGGCCUAAAUGGACUCGAGUUGUACGAUUUUGCUGGCGCUCGGAUACUCGAUAAGCCGCCGAUUGUUACCGCAGUGCCGUACUCAGUCUCGGAGUUGGACAAUUCAAGUGGACGGCAGCAAGACACGCGAAUUCCUGAUAAUUUAUUAAGCGGUCGCGACAAGAACACGUGGGAGGCGCAUGACGCGUGGCUGGCCUCUCUGGCAAGUUCUCUAGGGACCCAACAAGGCAACAUCGUGUACAUUGGAUUCGAUACGCCAGUGGUGCUGUCGAUGAUCAAGUUCUGGAACUACAGCAAGACGCCCGAGCGCGGCGUGAAAUGUGUGGAUAUUUACUUGGACGACAUGCACCUGUUCUCUGGAUCUUUAAGAAAGGCGCCAGCGGCCGAUGUCCACGCAGCUAGCGGCCGCUUUGGGAAGGUGCACAAGGUGACGGAGCAGUUUGGACAGGCCGUGCUGUUCUCAGCGAGUCAAGCUCAAGCGGACGCCGAGAAGCGCAGUGUCUACUAUUGCGGUGUUGAGGAGCAGGACGUCUUGGGGAUCAAUGAGGGCCAGGUCAUGCAAGAGUCUCGAGCCAUGUACCGCAAACCCGACCCAGGAGCGGAAGGGGUCGUGGUCGAUCUCGAUCUGCGGCCAAUGACGGCCGUGUGUCGGCAGUAA